AAUCCGUCCAGCUCUCUCUCUCUCUCUCUCUCUCUCUCUCUCUCUCUCUCUCCUGUGACCUCCGAAAACCUAAUUCGACGUAGCUGAGCUAACCAAUCCGACUGAUUUCUUCAUCAAUUAAACCGGAAGAACCCCAUGGUAACGAGCAAUACUCUACACACCAGAUUUGAAAGAGUAAUUUUGCCACACCAGAACGCGUAUUGAGCGGGGGAGAUUUCGUAACCUGAAUGGAGUCUUCUUCGGUGAUCACUCCGGAAGAUGUUUUGGAGUCUUUGAUGAAUGACGGCACUAUCGAUGCUUUGAGAUUGAAGAUUAUCAAUCAGCUCAAAGCUAACGAAGAGCUGAAGAAUAAUACUAUUAAAAUGGCCGAACAGAGUAAAGUUCUUAACACUCCGGGGGCAGAAAAGCAGACAAAAAGGGAGCUAUUUGAUGCACUUCGGCAUGAACUUGAGACUCCAGUGCUUGAGAAAGCCUCUAAAUCCGUUUGGGAGCUGAUUUUGGACAAUAAUGGGCUGGGGAAGGAAAUAAGUGAAACAGUUGAAAGGGUAUUCUGCCGAUUAAGUGGCCAGGAGCCUCCAUUAUUCCCUCCAAAUACCGAAACCUUAUCAGAGAAGAAGAACGACAAGGCUAGUGAGAAAGGCAAAGGGAAAGUGGUAGAAAGUGGAAAGGAGAAUUCGGACUCAACAUCAAAGAAAAGAAAACUUGAUGAGACGAACACCGAGGAUGGAACAGAUGAAGUCGCAAGCGGAUCUGGCAGACGACCUUAUGUGCCGGAUGAUUCUACAAAGGUGCCUCAGCCAAGUGUGAAGACAUAAGCCGAGCCAUGCAUGAGUCCGACAGAUAGAGCUAAGAGUUGGUUGAACCCGCCGGAUCAGUAGCUGAAGUUCAUGGACUCUCUCUUUUGUUAAUAUACUACGUUGGAUCCACAGAAAUCACUACACAAUUUUCUUAGGGAGCUAGGAUCAAUUUGAACUAGGUGUAGGAAUAGCUAUGCGUCAAUAACUUCUAUGAGGUUGGCAUUUAUUUAGAUUGUUACACUUGCAUUAGAUUAACCUUGUUAGCAACCCAAAAUUCGAAUCGAUCAAAUAUUUGUAGAUGUUCAUCGGAUAGUUGUUCUGUAGGUGUUCACUCGGUGUAUUCAUGACUUGCACAGUUGUUUGGUUGAUUGUGGAGAUUAGGAUUAGAAUGGAGAACUUCUAUUUGUUUGGCAUUAUACAUCUUGUUAAAUGUUGGCAGA